AUGUUCGAAUUAGAUUCGGAGUUAAAGGAGAUAAGCAUCUACGUCGAUUCUAGUAAAGAUGUUGCCAAACAGAGUGUCAAUGGUGACAGUAAAGAGUGCGAAGGAAGUGGGAGUAAUAGUGAUGAUGGGGAUAAUGAUUCGUUGUCCGUGCCAUAUCUUUCAAGGUGUAUUUUCGUGGAGCGAUAUGACCUUCGAACGAUAAUUGACGAGAAAGAGUUAGAAGGGGUGACACUCCUCACUUCAAAUGAGGACAGUGAUGAUGACAGAGAUUUGGGUGGUAACCUCGUUGGAGUACGCGUUGGUGAUGAUGAUUCUCCAAGAACCUCCAAAGAUGCAGCGGGAACCUCAUCCCCGAAGAUUUUCAUAAAUAAGAGCCAAGAAGAAGGUGAAAAAGUAGCAGAAGCGGCAACAGAUGAACAAGGAGGCGCGGAAAAAGGGAAAACUGUUGUUGAAGAAGCUGACAAAGCUGACAAAGAAGAAGUUGAGCAAGAAGCAGCAGGUGAACGAAAAGAAGAAGCUUGGGAAGAAACAGCUGCUGAAGCUGAGGAAGAAACAACUGCUGCAUGUGAAGUAAGAAAAGAAGAUGUGGAAGAAAAGGAAACUGAAGAAGCAGUAGCUGAUGCACAUGCUGAAAAAGAAGGAGAAAAAGGGGUGGAGAAAUUUUGGUGUCUACCAAUUCUUGUGGCACGGUCUAUUCAGCCUCCGGAGGGACCACGUUAA